GACUUACCAGCUCAUCAGCAUCCGGUUAUAGUGUUGCGUGAUACAAGUUUUUUAGAAUUAAAAUCCCUAUUGAGCUUCAUAUACCAUGGAGAAGUUAAUGUAUCUCAAGAAAGAUUAGGGCUCCUUCUCAAAACAGCAGAGGCACUUAGAAUUAAAGGACUUGCUCAAGACAAGAGAACUAGUGAUAAUGAACAGUUUGGUAGCCUUACAAGUAGUCCUGAGAAGGAGCCAGAAGAUAGUCUGGACAGAGGGGAGUGCCGUGGAGGGCCUGUCCCCGCGCUAAGUCUUGCCUUCUCUGGGAUAGGUGCGUCAGUCCUGGCCCCUGCUAAUCCUCUCGUUUCCCUGGAGCCACCAAGCCACAAGUCACAGCACCUUUUGCAUUCACCACCAGCAAAGAGACGCAAACCUCUCCAUUCACCACUUGGAGGGCCCCCUAUACCAACACCACCAAUACAACAAUUGAAUUCUAUUUCACAAGCACCGCCUGUUACCUCCACUGCCUCACUUGACGACGAUAAAUCUGGUAGAGUAAUCAACUUAACUAUGGGUGCCAGCAACUCUGGCAGUGGAGGUUCACCAUCCCCAAGGCUAAUACAGACUGAGUUAAAUAUAUCUGAGGAGGAUGGGCCUGGUAGAGGCAGCAGUGGUUGUAAAGGGGAGGGCAAUGACCAUGAGGUCGAGGAGCCACACGAAGAGGACUCUGUAGACCAUGACAUGUCCAAUACCGCGGCUCCAGACCUACAUGGGCUGCCUCAACACCUCUCAGCAGCAGUACAAAACUUUGUGCCAUAUGCAGCAGCAGCAGCCGCAGCAGCAGCAGGAUCCUCGCAGCUGGAGACCUUCCCGGGGCCAUCAGGUGAGUACACACACACAUGCUUUUACCAUCACUCAAA